AGCGUAGAUAAAAAUUAAAUUCCUCAUGUGCGUGUGUAGGUAGAAUAGGUUCAAUCUAAAUUUUAUAAGUAAUUUGUAUUAUAAAGAAAGAUUUAACUUUGUUGAUGCGUUAUUCUAUAUAUUUUUUGGUAUCUAAGGAUUGCGAAGAAAUACAGUCUGCAACAAAUUCCACCCAAGAUUACUGAGUUCACCUAAAUACAGAUCUGCGUCUAUCGCAAUAUGGCCGUCCUGUAAUGAUUCGGUGGUCAGUGAUAUUAUUGUGAUUUCAUCUCCUACGAACAAUCAACAUGGAACUGCGAGUCGGUAACAAAUACCGACUGGGUCGUAAGAUCGGUUCGGGGUCUUUUGGAGAUAUAUACCUUGGCACCAAUAUUGUAACUAGAGAAGAGGUAGCUAUCAAAUUAGAAUGCAUCAAGACAAGGCAUCCACAACUACACAUAGAAAGCAAAUUUUACAAACUAAUGCAAGGAGGAAUUGGUAUACCUGCUAUCAAAUGGUGUGGAUCAGAAGGUGACUACAACGUUAUGGUAAUGGAGCUGUUAGGCCCAUCCUUAGAAGACUUGUUUAACUUCUGCUCUCGCCGCUUCUCCCUCAAGACUGUUCUCCUCCUAGCUGAUCAGCUGAUUACUCGUAUUGAAGACAUACAUUACAGGAAUUUCAUUCAUAGAGAUAUCAAACCAGAUAACUUUUUGAUGGGAUUAGGUAAAAAAGGGAAUUUAGUGUAUAUAAUAGAUUUCGGCUUAGCAAAGAAGUACAAAGACCCACGCACUCUGCAGCAUAUUCCAUACAGAGAAAACAAGAACUUAACAGGUACCGCAAGGUAUGCAUCCAUCAACACUCACCUGGGCAUCGAGCAGUCGCGCCGCGACGACCUGGAGUCGCUGGGCUAUGUGCUCAUGUACUUCAACCGCGGCAGUCUGCCCUGGCAGGGGCUUAAGGCCGCCACUAAGCGCCAGAAGUAUGAGAGAAUAUCCGAGAAGAAACUGUCCACGCCCUUUGACGAGCUAUGUAAAAACCACCCGAUCGAGUUCCAACUAUACCUGAAGUACUGCCGACGGCUGCGCUUCGAAGAGCGGCCCGACUACAGUCACCUGCGGCAGCUGUUCCGCACGCUGUUCCACCGGCAGGGCUUUACCUACGACUAUGUGUUCGACUGGAAUAUGCUCAAGUUCGGAGGCCAACGCGGCAACUACCAGGCUGCAGCCAAUGACCGCACGCUUCGUCGUCAUGAACCAAAUCAAGAACAAGAAACAACGGCGGGCGCAGCGGGGCAGCCGAGCACGACGGUGGCGGCCAUCUCGGAGUGGCGGUGAGGGGUGGCGGCCCGGCGUCCGGCGCCCGGCGCCCAGUACGUACACGUGCACAUAGUGGAUCACGUGUUAGACUAACAUUUUCUAUGCGUUCACGUUGUAAUGUUCAUUUUUUCAAUCGCGGGACCUCCCGGGUCUUUGAGUAUGAAAUUGACGAUUUUUUUCUUUUUGUCCUUCGGCUGCGGACUGCGGAUUACGUUACGUUCGAAAAUGCUUAUUGUUUGAUAAGUGGAGUGGAUUUGCUUUUUGUAUAUAAUGAAGAGUAUAAAAUAUCUUAAUUUGGUUAUCGGAUCAGAGUGAAGAUGAAGGGAAAAGUGUUGUUUUACGUUUUUUCCUUAUUUAAGAAUUUUAAAUUAUGCGUGAUUGUCCGGCGUUUUUAAAUUGAAAACGAUCUCAAUUUGAUUAAAUUGUACGGAGACACAGUUUUCUGAAACGACAAUUUCAUACUUUUAGACGUUAUUUUAUGCUCAGUUGUAAUGUAAUGUAGUAGAGGCGGUCGGAUCGCUUCGCGGGAUGGCGGGUGGCGAAGCGCGAGUGUGCGUGUGUUGCGACACCUGCUCCUCUUGCGCCGCCCGAGGAUGUGGAUCAUCUCCCGCCAGAUUGAAUAUCCCCUGUAGAAGGACCGCGUCCCGAAAGUAUUAAAGUGCAAUAUAAUAGAUAUAAUUAAUGUCAUUAACGGGUCUAACGCGAUUAAAUUUCAUUAUUUUACCGUCGCGUUGGACCCGUUAAUGACAUUAAUUAUGUGUACAAAACGCGAGAGUUUAAAGUGUUAUAUUGCAAUAUGAUAGGUCUGUCGCGCCCCCGAAUGACAAUUUCAUUUUAUUUUAUUUAAUGAUCCGAGGGCAAAUGUGAACCGAAAGUUUCGAUUGAAAUUACUUGUAGCACGCCCGAGAACUGGCCGAGAGUUAUGUGGUUAUCUUGAGAAUGAUUUGAAGCGGUUGAAAUUUAUUUUGCUGUUAAGAAACAGUCUUCCAUGUUUAUUUAUUCGUGUCCUUUGCUAAAAUCUUCGCAUGAACUUAACAUUCUAUUGUACCGUUUUUCUGGCCAACUAUAAAAAAAUGCUUUGAGGUAUUUGAAAAAAAAAACAUCUAACAAAGAAUAAACUGCAGGGCUUCGUCACUUUUUCUUUAAUAUAUGACAUCUAUUUCAGUUUAUACUUUAUAUAUAGUAGUGUGACUACAUACUUAAAACACAAAUCAAAAAUAUUUAAUAAAAUAAUUUGAUUUGUUCCCAAAGUUGUGCUAAUAAAGUGCAAAUCUAUUUUCUUUCAAACAACAUGUUUUUCUAAAUUAAAUGUGGGUUGGAUUUAUGUUUUGUAUUCCGUAGUAUGUGUACUACACUUACCUACAACAUGAUGAAUUUAAGUAACCACAGUGUUUCUAGUUACUGAACAAAAACUUCAUGAUCUCAUCUUGAUUACCAAAUUGACGAUUUGUUCUGACUCGUGAACUGGUUACCAAAUCUAUCUUUAAACUAGACAAUUAAUGAACGUACAAUAUGCUUAAACGCGUUGUAUUUACGUAUAAAUAAUUGGUCCUUAAAAGUGGUUACACUAAUUAGUUUUUUUAAUUCUAAUUCCCUUACAAUCUUGCGCGGUUUUUAUCUUUGACAUUUAAUGACACUCGCCAAAAAUUGUAAAUGCCAAGAAUUGAAGAAUUGUAUAGGACAAGAUAAAUCAAUUAAAAUGAUAUAGCCGGUCAAACAAGUUAGUCAGUAGAAAAAGGUGCGAAAUUCAAAUUUUUUAUGGGACGAUAACCCUUCGCGCCUACAUUUUUUAAAUAUGCCCCUCUUUUUUAUUGACGGAAAUUGCUUGACAGAGUAUAGCUUUGAUCUUGUACAUUUUUAACGCAAUGUCAUGGUUGUUAUUGGGAUAGGUACAACUGGCCUGGUCUCUUGGCGUCGCUGGCGAGCAAAUAGUUACUUUAGUCAACAUUCGUCUCACUGCAUCUUACUUUCAUAAUCCAAAACUUCCUUUCUUUACGAUAAUCUUCUUCAAUUAACUACUGGAAGGCAGUUUGAACAGAAUUUAUAUGCAGAAUUUUAAUAUAAAGUAAGUUGUGCAAUAUUAAUACGGUUUUUGGUAGAUUUUCAUCAAGCAAGAGAUUCCGCUCACCACCAAUAUAUAGAACGAAAUUUGUAAAUAUAUCAUAAGAACCGCGUGUAAACGAUAUUGUGCGCUCUCAGUAUGUUCAUGCGAUGGAUGUAUCAUUUAAUCAUACUGAAAAGACGAGUAAACCGGAAUGGACCACACUUUUUUAUGUGACUGAGAAUUAGGUUCAAUUUUGUGUAAAUAUUAUAAUUAGACUUGUGUUGGGUUAAAAAAAAGUUUCAAGAUAUUAAGCGUUUAGUUUUUAAAUCAUUAUAUAUAGUGGAUAUCGUAAUGACGAGCACUUCGGGUCCUAACCCCUCCAAUGGUUUUAGUUUGAACAGUAGUCUGGCACGUUUUGGCUGCAUGUAUAUUUUAGUUGACACAACAGGGUAUGUAUUGGCAUUUUUGAUUUAGGUAAACAGUCGGUGAAUGGGAGACACAUUGACGAGGUACCUAUCUGUCACUGCCAAAUAAAAACUCCAGUACUCGUAAUUAUUGUCGGGGCUGAUGAAAUAUUUUUGUCAGCCAUUGUGUAAUCAUAUAAAUUGAAUGUAUUCCUGGCGCUAAUUCUUUGGUACCCAUCUCUCACUGUUUUCGGACGGUAUCAAAGUUUAACAUAACUCAAUGUUUUUCGUAGAUAUUUUGUAGUCGAGAAGUGCGUGAAUAAAAUAUCCAAAUAAGUUUUAUGAUAUUGUGUUACUAAUUCUUAUGUUAAUAUAGUAGUUCAUGAUAUCUGUUGUCCAUUUUAUUAUAACAUUUAUAACAAGGGCAAUGCCGAAAACUCGUAGUUCUUGUAUUUCACCAAGACGUUGACCCUAACGUUUAUUAUUAUGACAUUUAUGACGCUAAACUGUUAUUUUGUUAAAGCGUGACGUCUUUGGUGAGAUAAGAGAAGUAUAUUUCCAGUGACAUCACGGCGCCGCUGCACCCGCAUUAUGUAAGAGUGCGUUCCAACAGACGAAAGAUUUGGACUUAAUUUUGUAUAUAAUAAUAUAAGAAACUUAGAUAAGCUGACACACUGUUUUUUACAAUAUCUUAGGUAAUAGUGGUAAAUACAUAACUGUUGUAGCGAUAAUUAAUGCCUUCCAAAUUAUUUUGCUGUUAUUGUACACAUACCUUUGAUUGCGUCUAAUUCUGUGUAGUAGCCUGUUGCGUGCUGCGUGUAAAUAUUAUUGAUUUAUAUUCGUUAUGGUAAUGAUCUGUCGAUUUUUUACGCCCGCGAAUUGCUGCGCUCAGACAAAAUAAACCGCCGCUAAAUCAAUAUAAUUGUAACAGGGUCAUUCUCUGAGAAUAUGUCUGCGGUUGCCUCUAAUUGUCACGACUCUUUCCAUACAUUUUGUAUGGAUCGCGGCAAUUAGACCGCAGACAUAUUUUUUGAGAAUGGCCCAACUGAGAAAACAAGUCUUCUUGCAACGUACAUGCAAUACGUUUAUAUAUAAUGGCUUAACUGUUUAUAUGUGUCUCAUGUACUCAUGUAAACCUUCGCAUGGGUGACGAUUGAACGACAUGUGAAGUACUGUGCAAUCAUAUUACCUACAUUAUGUAACGACGACUUGAUACGGCUCGAUUUAUCUAGUACUGACGCAUUUAGAUAACAAAAUAUAAACACAAACUUCCUAACAAAUUAUUCGAACUGAAUAUUCACUAUCUAAAACUAGUAACAACAAUUAUAUUUCUUCGAGUAUACCAGAGUGUUUCUUUAAUUUAUAUAUGAUAUGUAUGAUGUCGUGUAUUUUGUUCUUUAUAAAUACAUAAAUUAUGCUAGCCUGUAUAGCUUAGCAUAUGCAUUACAUAUACCUAUAUAAAUUGUUAUGCUUGCAUUGUUUCCAAUGUCCAGUAUGUAUUUAAUUCCUUUGGCACAAUAAACAGUAAAUAAUAA